AUGCUUGUACCUCCUGAUAACUUUGGUCUUGUGGAGACUGGGAUCUAUCGAUGUUCUAAACUUGAAUCGGAUCAUUUCCCAUUCCUUGAGACGUUAAACUUGAAAUCUUUAAUUGUACUCGAUGCUGAGAAACCACCAAGAUUAUUAAAGACAUUUCUUGAAACAAAUAAUGUGGAUUUGUAUAACUUGGGAGGACUCAAGAUCUCAAAUCACCACCAUACAGGGGCUAAUUCGAGCUUGGGUAAUGACGAUGAUGAUACAGAAGGACCACUUUCUGAACGAAGAGUAAGUUCAGCUAGUCAGAAUGAAAUUGAACUUAUUAAACUUGAUACCAAUAAAAAGAAAAAUGAUCAUUGGAUGUUGAUUGAGAAAAACCUUAUCCUUCGUGCCUUCCAACUUUUACUUAAUAAAAACAAACAUAACGUACUCCUUGUGGAUUCUACCCUGACACUAGUUGGGAUCCUUCGAAAGAUUCAAAAAUGGAAUUUCAAUUCUAUAGUUAAUGAAUAUAGAAUUUAUUCUGGAUCUGCCUCAAAGAGUAAUUAUUAUGCAGAAAAUUUCCUUGAACUUAUGCAAACAGAGUUAAUCCCCUAUGAAAUAGAUCAGUUGACUCUGCAACUGAAACAACCUUCCAAACAUAGUCGGAAACAUCUGUCAUCGUCACAACUACAACUGCUCAAUCUUAAUGGUUCUCCAUUUAGUGGCACUCGUGAAGGAAUUCCAGUGUCACCUUCCACGUCAACUACCAUGUCUCCAGCAUCUGAAUCCAGUGAAAAUCUGCCUGCAUUACGGCCAGGAUAUGAGCCAACAUUCUUAGAUAUUGAUGAUGAUGAAGAUGAUGAUGAGUUGAACGGACAAAGUGACACUGAUACUGAUGAUGAUUUACUAUCUGCUUCACCUCAAAUUCCAGCAAAUCUUUUGAAGUUGGUGGAGAAAAGGAAACAAGAGAAGCAAAGAUCUGAUCUGAUUGAUGAUGGGAAAAAUGGAUUCACACCAGGAACGUCACCAAAGAACAUUCGAAUGAGUCGUCAAACUAGUAUAUCGAGUGACGUUCUUCUUUCGGCAAUUGGAAGAAGAAGAUCAUCCAUGGAUACUAAGCAUCGACCUAUUCAUCUUAACAACAUCAAAUUUCGUAGCAAUCUGAUUAGUGCCAAUUCUCCACUUGAUACCGGUGGAUCUUCAUUCCCUGGACUCAAACGACUCUCUGAGGGUCGUAAAAGGAGUACGGAUCAUGUUGAAAGUCGAGAAAGUCUCUCAUCAUUUGAAUUGAAACGUGUAAAAGAAAAAUAUGACUACAAAUACUACAAAAACCUUCAUAAAUUUGCUGUCAAAUAUGAAAAUGUUAAUGUGAUUAAAAUUAAAUUACCACCUGAUGAGAAGUUACCAAGCUGGUUCAUCAAGAACCGAGACUGCUGGGAAGUUAACUUUAAAAAGUUGAACAAUUUAUAA